ACAGUCUGAACGCACUUUGCUUCCAGCCAGCCGUCAAAGUUCGAUAAUAACUUAAAACAUUCCAAAAGCUCACUCAUAAAACAGCCUCAUAAUUCAGACUCACUCGUCUUUUCUCCCCAAUCCACAAAGCUUACAUUCACCUUGACUAACCAUGUCCAUGAACACCAACAUGUCCAUGACGAAUAUGCAUCCAUCUCUGCUACCAUCUUACCUACCCAAGUCCUUCUCGCCCACAGCCCAGGAGGUUGUGAUUGGACGAGGCCGCAAGAUCCAACAGCACCCGGGCAAUGUCAACCUCCGUGCGGUGGUUCAGAGCCGGGCUAAGGACUAUGUUGGCAAUACCGACAAGACCAUCAAGUCGACCAUCAUUUCGACCAUUGGUCGUCAGAUCAUGGCUGGAAGCAGGUUUGGAGGAUUCGUCAAGAAGGAUACCAGCCGCAACCUAUGGUAUGUCGUCUCUGACGCCUGCAUCCGCGCUACCAUUGCCCAAGCCUUUCGUGAUUGUCUCAGUCCUUCCUACAAGUCCAGCAAGUUCUCCAAGCAGCGUCGUCGUUGGAGUGCCAAGGAGACACAAACCCAAAAGACCGUGCCGCAGGUGACAAGCAACACUACUGCAGCUGAAGAUACCAAGCCCAUCAGCUUUGCUGCCGCCAAGGUCACGACGACUACUACUACUGCAGACCGGCCCCUCUCGUUCAUUUCACUCCAACGAGAUGCCGCCAUGCAUCUCUCGAAGAAUGCUAGUACUGCCUUUCCUGAUCUUUUGGAUCAAGCUGACUGCUUUCGAGUGACACCUCCUUCAGCUGCUCAUCCGUCGACUACAUCUGACAUUCUGAAACGGUGCUUGGAUAUCUUGAUUGAUGACGCGGGCAUGGACAUGGCCGCCAUCUGUGACGAGAAUCCAUUUGAACCCGACCCCAUCCCUGAGAGUCCCUCUGCCUUGUCAUCCGAACCAUUCCUGGCCGAUGAUGAGCACUUGUGGGGACUUACCUUCCAGGCGUAAGCAAACAAACUUGGUCCAGGCAGGCAGGCAAUCAGAGGCAGGAAACGAGCGAUACUGAAGAACUAGGGCGGCCCUCCAUAGAGCAGGCUUUUACAUAUGAAACUACUAAACUAACUUUACGAUUACACAUUCCUAC